UAUUUGGCAACACGUAGCCCUGCAGAAUUUCGCAACAAACUGCCAUUACUGCCUUCAGAAUAUCGUCCAGCUGGCCAGACACAGCAAGGCCUUCAACAACUUUUUGAAGAGCAAACAGAAUCUGCACAAGGUGAUAGUGAAACUGCAGUAUCAUCAGACAGUAGCAAUGGGAGCAACACCAGCCAGAGAACAUCGCUCGCGCCAAGCACUGAAACAACUGCACGUAAAUAUUCGAAGGAAUCAUCGGAUCAAAAGAACUUCGCGUCAAGUGUGCUGUCGGAUCAGUUUUUCAAGCCGGUUACUUCCCCAUUUGUUGCGAAUGCGGCAACUGCUACGGAAGAGGCCUUUCGAGCAAACGGUCCAAAGCUCGCCGACGUCUGCAAAUGUGUUAGGGAAAAUGCAUGUCCAGCCGGACCGCCAGGGCCAAAAGGCUUACCCGGUCAUGUCGGAUUAAAUGGCGCACCGGGAUUAAACGGACAAGCUGGGAAGAAUGCCGAGGAUCUACUACCGAUACGUAGAGAUUCGUUUUGUUAUCAGUGUCCGCGUGGACCACCUGGAACUCCGGGUGCUGUCGGAAAACCAGGAUUAAGAGGCAUUACAGGGCCAAGGGGCCGAAAUGGAGUUCCCGGCAAGAAUGGACAACCGGGACCACCUGGUGAAUCUGGACUACAAGGGCCACCA